AAUCGGCACAGUCGUCGUAGACAUCGCCGACCUGAUUUCAAAACAUAAACAUCACAAAUCGCAUGAAAUGCGAUAAGUAAACGAAGUGUCGUGUGUCGAACAGCUCUCCAAUGAUCGCUGAACAACCACCUGACCCCGUCGACCAGUCAUUCGCGAACCCCAAAUUUCAGACGAGUUAGCCAACCGCUCUUCACGCGAUGCUGUGCCGGACUACCCCGUGCUACUUGUCGUGAAGUCGUUUCACGUUCAGCAAGAUGCCAAAUUGCGUUGAACGAACUGAUGGCAGCAUUUCGCCGGAGAAAGUGUUCAUGCCUUUCGUCCAUCCAAACGAAGUGCCCAAGGAUAAGGCGCAUAUAAACGGAGUCGACUCCAAAAGAACCCGGACGAAGUCGACUUUGAGGCUCUUGGGAAGACGAUGCAACAGCGCGGAAAGCUUUCCCAGCUCUGUGGCUCUGCAGAAGUCGGGGAGUUUGAGCAGCGUCCAAAGUGCGAAGUCUGACCCAGGCUGUUUCAACUACUUUGCCACUUGCUCUGGUGCAAACGGCGCCCCUGUCAUCGACAAGCCGUCCAUGGCGACAGCGGUGGUGGCGUUUGGCGACAUGUCCAACGAGACGCCGCUCAUGUUCUCGAGGAGCAGUUCCCUGGGCUCGCUGAGCAGCCUCGAACAGCAGGUCGCACUGGAGGAUCCGGGAUCGGCGGUCGGCGAUUUCAGCCGCCAGACGAGUGGCGCCAUCUCCCCCAGCGACCUACCCGACUCGCCCAGCCAGUCGAUGCCGCCGAGCCCCCGCCGGUCUUCCCGCCGCCCCGCCUUCCGCCUGCCUCCCUGCAUUAAGCCCCUCCCCCAGCCUGUGGGCGGAGUCUUCCAAGAUCUGCCCAAAAGCUUUGCGGAAGAAGGAACGCCCUGCGGAAUCUCGCAAGCGACCAGUCUGAGCUCGUUGACAGUCGACGACGAUUCGGCUCCCAAGGAGAGCGGCGGCAGCGCGUGCGAGCGACGGAACUCUUUGGGUGGAACGUCGAGGUGCGGUGGUCACAGCGAAGUCACGACGGCAGAAGGAUAUGAGGUGUUUGCCGACACAAAGAGGCGCUAUGCUCAAGAGGGCACGCCGAGAGGCUACUCGAGAGCUGAAAGUCUGAGUUCGCUUACCGUCGACAGCAGCUGCCUGCCCAGUGGCGUCGGUUCUGACUGGGACGACGGAUUCGAGGCGCUCCCAAAACCUCCGGCUCCUUUCGCCAACGGCAGCGGCGAGCGUUGCUGGGCGGGCGAGCGGUCGUCGAAGCAGAGCGCACACAAACACGUCUCUUUCAACGACGACUGCCUGAUGCGAACGUCGCACGAAGACACGGCCGUGCCCUACUUUGCGGACGACUGCGUCAGGGUGUACUGCACGGAAGGAACGCCGUCCAUGCUUUCGCACGCCGCCUCCCUGACGGACUUGAGCGGUGGCGGGAAAGCGUGGGGAGCUCCCCGCGCGCAGAACAGUGACGCGUCGACGGAACGCCCCUCUCCGCCGUUAACGGAACGUGGCAAGGCGCAGCAGCUCCGCGACGGAGUCAAGCCGCCUGACGGACACAAGCACGUGUCUUUCAAUGACGACUGCCUUAUGUCGUCGCCGCACAACACUGCAUCGCCAUCAUUCGAGGAGGAUUACGUGAGGGUGUACUGCACGGAAGACACGCCUUCGGUGCUUUCGCAUUCCGCGUCGUUGACGGACCUGAGCAUCCCAAACGGUGAGGGCAGCUGGGGCGCCGUCGAAGAGACCGUCGCGGCGCCCACGAAACGCGACGAAACCGAACUCCUUGACGAUGGCUCAGACGACGACAAAGACGUGCUUGCGCGGUGCAUCCAGCUCGGCUGGCAGGUCUCAAAGAUGGAGAGUCCGCAUCAGACGCUGGUCGGGUGGAGCGGAAGCGCUGAGCGUGAGUCGACGAAGCCGCUUGUUGCGGCGGAACCCAUCAGUGAAUCUAGUCACACCGUUAUGUUAGAUGACGGCGAGGGGUCACCUCCAGACACGAACCGUGCGCAAGUACGUUUCGGAGGUGUCGGCGAUGUGCAAAGUUGGAGCAGCGGGGACCUUGUGACAAAAGGCUCGCCGCAGUCUAUGCGGCACUGGAAGAGUAGCAGUUUGAGCGACGUCCACGUCACGGCCCAGCAACGGAAGGAUGCCGGCAAAAACGGGUCGUCAAAAGAAGUCUGCUCGUUAAGUUCGGACGACUCGAAGCCGGCCCGCCCACCGGAUGGGACAGAGGAGCGACGCGACGGGAGCUUCUGCAACGAGAGCAGCGAUGAAGAAGAGGAUGCCAAGUUGCUCCAGGAAGUGGUCGGACUGGGACGAGCACUGGUCUUCAAGCAAGACCCGCUAAUGGCAUCGUUCGCUGCGUCAAGCGCCAGAAGCACACCUUCUAAAGCACGCUCCGAUGUCGGAACGCCCACCUCUCCGCUGCUCUUGUCCAGCACGCCCGAGCCAACAGCUUUGUCAAAGAAAGCUGAAUGCGAGCAAUAUCUCGCAGCUGGCUCCAACGGUUGGAACGAAAAUCAGGCAGUCGCCGAACAAGCAGCAUUGUCUAGUCAGAUGAGUCCGGCGUCGGAGUGCGGGUUGUGCGCCGAGAGCAGCGACGAGGAAGAAGACCGACGGAUAUUGCAGGAAGUCGUCAGUUUAGGUAGGGUCAUGGCCUGGAAGCAGCAUCGUGCCCCGAGUUUACCACCGACGACGACGGAAGCGUCCAACGCUGAAUGCGUGUCAGCCGAGCAGUGUAGACCAACACCACCGGCGGUUCAGACUGGCAGCGGGCAUGAGAACCCCAGACUCUUGAAAGGGGAUCUCGACAAAACGACCACAGCGGUGUCGAGCCCGGACGAAUCUCUUACGACGUUGUCGCCGGUCAGCAAACAGUCGAAACUCGAGAGCUCGCUUUCGGACGACGAGGAAGACCUGAAGCUGCUCGAGCAGGUUGUGAGGUUGGGACUUCCUAGCGCGCAGAACUUGUCGUUGAAGCUUCCUGGGACUCAGCUUCAGCUUCGUGUCACUCAGAGGCCGUCCGAAGAUGCCGGCGUUCUGCCGUCGUCGUCGUGCGCGAAAGCUCCCAUGGGUGAAGUGCCUCAGAGUGCUGCCUUGACUGCUCCCCACAAUCUCAGCCUUGCGUCGGUGCCAAAAGAGACUGCCAGUGUUGCUGAAGCCAAGAAGGAGUUCGAGGUUCCACUGGAGCCGCCAGCGGAUUCUUCGGAACGCACGGUUCAGAUCCGCCUAAAGCUGCCGGCAGGCCGCACGCUGACUCGUCGUUUUCUCGCCACCUGCGAGCUCGGCGUUCUCUUGGCAUUCUUGGACGCACUUGGCUACCCACUGGAGAGGUUCAAGAUCCUAAAGAACUGGAGAAGGCAAGAGCUUUCAACCCUGAAUCCCAAACAAACGCUGGAACAACUUAAACUGUAUCCAAAGAAGACGCUCACAAUAAAGGAACGAUAGUAAACUUCA